GAUAAAGUAUAACGCUUCUGGCUUCGCUGGUGAUAAAACAGAUUGGAGUAAUCUCAUCUUUCUAAUCAACAUUUUAGACAAAAUGUUAAGCUUACAUUUUGUGAAAAGUUACGAAAUAUUUAAAGAAAAAUGUCAGCUACACUCCAAAAAUGUUACAGCGUUGAAGAAACAUCUACCUUCACACGUGAAACAAUCACUGGCAUCACGACAUGAGGAUAAAGAACACUCAAGUUUCAAUAUUCUUAGUGUUGGUAGUGGCACAGGAGAAAUUGAUAUCGAAAUUGCAAACAUCGUUGCUAAAGAACUAUGCAGUAAUUGUAACUGGGAAAAUAUCAGAAUUUUAAACCGUGCACUUGAACCAAACAAGUUUUCUUGUGCUGAAUAUGAAGCUAAUGUCUCCGCAAUGAACGAAAACUCUCCUGCCAGCUAUGAAAUCAUACCUCAAACGUUCAGUGAAUAUCGUAAGAGCGUGUCGAAUGAAAGUGUAAAGUUUGAUCUUAUUCACUUCAUUCAUAGUUUAUACCAUGUUGAUCUAGAGAGUGCUAUUUUGUAUUGUAUGGUAGAAAAACUGAAAGAGUAUGGACGUUUGGUAUGUCUGGUAGGCGACAAGGAUAAUAUUACUAAUAAGAUAACUAAACAAGCGAAAAAUAAAACGAUGAUGAAGGUCAAUGAUGAUCUUCUGACGUCCGAAGGAUUGGAAAUUUCCAAUGAAAUUGUAAAGUUUGCUAAGAAAUACGGUUGGCAUUAUGUAAUUUACUCAGUAAACUUGCAACUUGAUGUCACAGACGUUUUCUUUCCAGAUUCAGUGGAAGGUAACCUUUUAUUGGACUUUCUAACGAAUACAGAGAACUAUCGUUGCAAUGUUUCAGCUUUGGAACUCAAUGAAACACUCGACUACAUUAAACAGUUGUCUGUUGAACGUAAUGGUAGACGUUAUGGUGAAAAAAAGAUUCACUUUUGAUUUUAUACAAGGACGAAUGAAUAUUUGCGAUGAACUUUCUUUAUCUUUUGCACACAUUAUCUUAUUGCAACCUUUGCAUUACUUUAAGACAAUUUUGUUGAAAUGUACAUGAUGAAGUAAGAAUUAGUGAAAUAAACUGAGUAAAGAAACUA